ACUCUUCUAUGUUGUGCGCUCUCACUGUGUUAUCCAUUCGCCUAAGUUCCAGUGAAGCAAACGAGAAUGGCAGCCAUGACUGCACUCCAGAGCUCCAUGACCUCUCUUUCUCUCUCCUCCAACUCCUUCCUCGGCCAACGCCUCUCUCCCCUCACUAUCUACCCUCUUCCGGGUAUGUUAACAUCAAAGCCUUGUCAGAUUGUAGUGAAGUUGAAGCAAUGGGAGCGGAAGGAAUGCAAGCCGAACAGUCUGCCAAUUUUACACAAAAUGCAUGUUAAGGUUGGAGAUACAGUGAAAAUCAUAUCUGGACAUGAAAAGGGUAAAACUGGAGAGGUAACUAAGAUAUUUAAGCACAAUAGUACUGUGAUAGUUAAAGACAUAAAUUUGAAGACAAAGCAUAUGAAGAGCAGAGAAGAGGGUGAACCAGGACAGAUUAUCAAGGUAGAAGGAGCUAUCCACAGCUCAAAUGUGAUGCUUUACUCAAAAGAAAAGAACGUAGCAAGUCGUGUGGGUCAUAAGAUCCUGGAAAAUGGACAACGGGUUCGCUACCUCAUUAAAACGGGUGAGAUAAUAGACAAUGCAGAGAACUGGAAGAAGUUGAAAGAAGAAAAAAAGAAAACUGAAGUAGCUGUAUCUGCAUAAGGAUCCAAUUCUUGAGUCACCAAUGAUGUAGUUAGACACUUGAUGAGAUGUAUUAAUAUCAUUUUGCUGUUUGUAUUUGACUGAGGCACAUGCAACAGAAACGAAAGUCCCCCAAUGUAAUUUUGUUUAUUUGUAUUGGCUGGUUGUCAAAAUGAAUGUUGAUCUUCCUCCAAAAUGUGCAAGUAAAUUCAAAUC